AAAGUACACUGGCAGCACUGGUUAGCCGCAUUGUCAGUUGAUAACUUUUACUCAGUGUUUAUAUACUGAGCAACUUACUUUUGCUGAUUUGCUUCGGAUUCUUUGGAAAUUAGUCUCCGUUAUAUUUCUAAAAUCCUCAUCAUCCAUAGAAGAUUCACGGGGUGGAUGUAAAAGUUUUGGAAAUAAAAAUUUUAUUGAAGUUUUAAAUAUUCACAAAUAUGGCUGCCAAUGAUAUAUCUGAAGCAAUAUUGGUAAUAAUUCAAAAAGUCGUAACUGGUGCCUCAAAUGAUGACCUGGUUAAGGGAUUACCAGAAGUGACAGCACAAGCUCGGAUGGAAGGUUUGAAUAAAUUGUUGCAACAGGGCACUAUUGAAUUGCUUAAAAAGGGUGACAAGCUCAUAUACCGGGCUAAAGAUCCGAAAAAAAAUGCAUUACCGAAAGAUGCCGAUAAUGAAGAACGAAUUAUUUAUGGUAUAAUUGAGGAAGGAGGCAAUAAAGGGAUUUGGAUACGUGAUAUUCGCAUGCAGUCAAACCUUAACAUGACACACUUGAAUAAAAUUUUAAAAAACCUGGAAACCAAAAAACUGAUUAAAGCAGUAAAAUCCGUAAAUGCUAGUAAAAAAAAGGUAUAUAUGCUGUAUAAUUUAGAACCUGAUCGUUCAGUAACUGGCGGUGCCUGGUAUCAAGAUCAAGACUUUGAGGCUGAAUUUGUUGAUGUCCUUAAUCAGCAAUGCUUAAGAUUUUUACAAAUGACCCGUGAGACUGCAGAAAAAAAGCGUGACGGUCCUUUGGCUCUUAAGCGGCUUUCUUGUUGUUCCGUGAAGGAAGUUCAUAAAUUUAUAUCUGAUUUAGGCAUUAGUAAAGUUCAUUUAGAUGAAGAUGAUUUAGAAACAAUUUUAAAAACAGUUGUUUAUGAUGGUAAUGCAGAACGUAUAAUGAUGCCUGAUGGUUCUUUUGUUUAUCGUGCUAUUAAUUCGCCUGUAACUGCCCCCGGCCUUAUACAAAUACCCUGUGGGAUAUGCCCAGUUAUAAGUAAUUGUUCAAAAUGCGGUGAUGUUACACCAAAUAGAUGUAAUUAUAUGACGGAAUGGUUGGAUUAAUAUUAAUUAUAAACAAAUUGUUUUAUUGUCAUGAAAUAAUAAAAAAAUAAACAUUCAUUAUUCAAGUAUA